GGCUUUUUUGAAAUUUUGAGAACUGAGAAGACUCAGAAGACGCUUUCCUUCACAGGCAGACUUUGCCUGAUUGAGGUUAUGGCAAUGAGGGCUCUUUGAUAAUAUACAUUACCUUGCCAGGAAUGAACCAAUAUUUUCUUCAGAAGCGCAGUGUGCUGACUGUCUUUGCCUCGCCCGAUGAGUCGAGUGGAGCACGAGUUAUGACAAUUUCGUAUUUUGGAAUUCAAUUUUGUAGUGUUCGGAUUUUGUAGGUCUGGUAUAGUGGUAGAGUGUGCAGCAAGCAGCUGAUGGAGGCGACCGAAGCUGUGAGUGCUGCUGGUGUGUUUGCGGAUGACUCCAGUAUACGUGACUUGACUAUACGAGCUCUUGAACCAUGCGACGCCCAGGAUGUGAAGCUCGUCUGCAAUCAGCUGUUUCCAAUCGACUACACAGACGAGUGGUUUGAGAACAUUUGCUCAUCAGCUCGCUUCUUCACGUUAGCAGUGUUUGUCAACGGUAGACUAAUUGGUCUGCUAGUGGCCGAAAUUAGACACCACAGUAAAAUCAAUUUAGAGGACGAUGGUUUGUUAGGUAGCUUCUUCCCGGACACUGCACAAGCGGCGUAUAUCAUGAGUCUUGGUGUUCUUCAACCGUAUCGCCGGCAUCGGCUAGCAUCGACUCUACUAGAUCAUCUCUUACAGUACCUUACAUCCGGUGAUCGUGUGGACACAGUGCGUUGUGUGUUCUUGCACACGAUGUCUGACAACACCGCCGCCAUAUCGUUCUACUACCGGCAUCACUUCCGACAGCAUCGUCUGCUCAAGGAGUACUACGUCAUCAACGAAAGCAACGGAGAUGCGAUCUGCUUUGUGCGCUAUCUGAAUGGAGUGUCUCCGCCAAUGUCGUUUUGGGACUUCAUUUCUUUCCUAGGUUCGCGUUGCUUCAUGCCGUCGGCAUGUCUUGGCUGCAUGAUGCGAUGCGUACGUGUAGUGCGCCAGCUCUUCGCCUCCGUAGUCGAGCACAAGAAUCCCGCUGUGGGCAACGGCUGCAGUGCUGGUGCGGCCGACAUGGCCAAGGAGGACGCCAAGCUCAUGGCGUAGAACGUGUGCUGUGCCGCUAGCGCUGUGGGCAGGCAGUGUGCUGUGCCUGCGGAGGCCUGCUGACACGUACUGUUCUCCACGUCAGUUCGGACCAUUAUGCGAUGGUGAUUCUACGAUCACCCGGUCAUGUCAGGGCGUUGUGUACAGUAAGAAACAGACGUUUACUCCUGGUGUACUUCACGUUUGGACACGCUCAGUCCGUCCAUGCCACUGUACUGACGUGCGGUAGUAUGGUACUCUCCGUCGCCGAGUGUUGCUACGACUAGUGUGUGCUACCCAUGCUAGUGGCGCCAGGGAGUCGUAAAAUACCGGUAUCUUACGACUCCCCGAGUGGUGCACUGUGGCUGGUGGCAGUAUAGUGCUGGUGUAAGUGGUCACACAUGCCCCCCCCCCCCC